CGGGACGGCUUCCUGAACAGGAGAGGAAGAUCCAUUAAAGAGCCAGAUGCGGCUCGAGAGCCGCGAAUUUACGUCAUAGACUGGGAACCUUUCUUCAAUGGCACAUUGUUACGAGGCGUGUCCAGAUUUUGUAACACCAUUUUCGCUUUCAAACUAGUCUUCAUCUGUUUAUGCACAUGGAGGAGAAGGAUUCAACAUUUGACCUAACAUCUGGCACUGAAGAUGAUAAAAUGAUCCCUGUAUUGACUUCUAAAAAAGCUAGCGAAUUACCCGUCAGCGAAGUCGCCUGGAUCCUUAAGGCUGAUCUGCAAAGUGGCUUAGACAGUGCAGAGGUUUGUCACAGACGAACUAACCAUGGCUGGAAUGAAUUUGAUAUCAACGAAGAGGAACCAUUAUGGAAAAAAUAUAUUUCACAGUUUAAGAAUCCCCUACUCAUGCUCUUACUUGCAUCCGCUGUUAUCAGCAUAUUAAUGCAUCAGUUUGAUGAUGCUGUCAGUAUCACUGUGGCUAUACUUAUUGUUGUCACAGUUGCCUUUGUCCAGGAGUAUCGCUCGGAAAAAUCUCUGGAAGAACUGAGCAAACUUGUACCACCAGAAUGUCAUUGUAUACGCGAGGGCAGAACGGAGCAUACACUUGCAAGAGAACUAGUUCCGGGAGACACUGUUUGUUUGACUGUUGGAGACAGAGUUCCGGCUGAUUUACGUUUGUUUGAAGCAAUGGAUCUUUCUGUUGAUGAAUCCAGUCUGACAGGAGAGACUGCUCCUUGCUCCAAAUUGACCGCUCCCCAGCCGUCUGCAACGAAUGGAGACUUAACAUCAAGAAGUAACAUUGCAUUCAUGGGAACACUUGUUCGAUGUGGCAAAGCAAAGGGAAUAGUCAUUGGAACCGGAGAAAAUUCUGAAUUUGGGGAGGUUUUUAAAAUGAUGCAGGCUGAAGAGGCACCAAAAACGCCAUUGCAAAAAAGCAUGGACAUUCUUGGAAAGCAGCUGUCCUUGUAUUCAUUUGGUAUAAUAGGUAUAAUCAUGCUUGUAGGAUGGUUGCAAGGAAAGCAUAUACUCGAUAUGUUUACAAUAGGUGUAAGUUUGGCCGUGGCAGCUAUCCCGGAAGGCCUUCCUAUUGUGGUGACUGUAACACUAGCUCUUGGAGUGAUGAGAAUGGUGAAGAAAAGAGCUAUUGUGAAGAAAUUACCCAUUGUAGAAACUCUUGGAUGCUGUAAUGUUAUCUGUUCUGAUAAAACCGGCACUCUGACCAAGAAUGAAAUGACCGUAACACAUAUUUUUACUUCGGAUGGAAUCCAUGUAGAGGUUACUGGAGUUGGGUACAAUCGCUUUGGAGAAGUGAUCCAUGAUGGUGAUAUUAUUCAUGGGUUUUGCAACCCAUCAAUAACUAAGGUUGUUGAGGCUGGCUGUGUGUGUAAUGAUGCUGAAAUAAGGAACAACAUUUUAAUGGGAAAACCAACGGAGGGGGCCUUGAUAGCUCUAUCCAUGAAGAUGGGGCUUGAAGGCUUACGGCAUGACUAUAUUCGCAAAUCAGAGUAUCCCUUCAGCUCAGAACAGAAAUGGAUGGCGGUGCGGUGUGUGCAUCGGACUCAGCAGGAUAAACCAGAGAUAUGCUUUAUGAAAGGUGCCUAUGAGCAAGUUGUUAGAUACUGCACCACCUACAACGUCAAGGGCCAGACAUUACCUCUAACGCUACAGCAGAGGGAUUUGUAUCAUCAAGAGACCGCAUAUAUGGGAACAGCAGGACUGAGAGUUAUUGCUUUAGCUUCCGGUCCAGAAUUGGGGCAGCUUACAUUUUUGGGCCUCGUGGGAAUAAUCGAUCCUCCGCGAACAGGUGUCAAGGAAGCCAUCAGUGCUCUGAUCCAGUCAGGAGUAGCCAUUAAAAUGAUCACUGGAGACUCACAAGAAACCGCAAUUGCCAUUGCCAGUCGCCUAGGUUUCUAUUCCAAAGGAUUCCAGUCUCUGUCUGGAGAAGACGUAGAUUCACUGGAUAUUCAGCAACUCUCACAGAUGGUAUCAAAGGUUUCUGUAUUUUACAGAGCUAGUCCCCGACAUAAAUUAAAAAUUGUGAAGAGUCUGCAGAACAUCGGCGCUGUUGUUGCCAUGACAGGUGACGGUGUAAACGAUGCUGUGGCAUUGAAGGCUGCUGACAUUGGAGUUGCAAUGGGGAAAACGGGCACAGAUGUUUGUAAAGAAGCAGCCGAUAUGAUACUCGUGGAGGAUGAUUUUCACACAAUAAUGUCAGCCAUUGAAGAAGGAAAGGGAAUCUAUAACAAUAUUAAAAACUUUGUCCGCUUCCAGCUGAGCACGAGUAUUGCCGCUCUGACGUUAAUAUCGCUUGCAACCUUGAUGAACUUCCCUAACCCUCUCAAUGCCAUGCAGAUUUUAUGGAUUAAUAUCAUCAUGGAUGGUCCUCCAGCCCAGAGUCUUGGAGUGGAGCCAGUUGACAAGGAUGUAAUUAGAAAACCCCCACGAAACCUUAAGGACAGUAUUUUAACCAAGAACCUAAUUAUCAAAAUCCUUAUCUCUUCUUUCAUCAUAGUGUGUGGGACCUUGUUUGUCUUCUGGAGAGAGCUGAGGGAUAAUGUCAUAACUCCCAGGGACACAACAAUGACGUUUACAUGCUUCGUGUUUUUUGAUAUGUUCAAUGCAUUAAGUUCAAGGUCGCAGACUAAAUCUGUCUUUGAGGUAGGCCUAUGCAGCAACAAGAUGUUCUGUUAUGCGGUGCUUGGCUCAAUCAUGGGGCAGCUGCUUGUCAUCUACUUCCCACCACUGCAGAAGGUCUUUCAGACCGAAAGUCUGAGUAUCCAAGAUCUGCUGUUCUUAAUAGGACUGACAUCUUCUGUGUGGAUAGUGUCUGAAGUCAUAAAGAAGGUGGAAAGACACCGGGAGGGUUUCCAAAAGCACAACACUGCAUCAUCUUCUUUAUUUCUUGAUGUAUGACGCAUAUUGCAUUCUUAUUUCUUUUUUUUUCUUUUAACUUCAUACUUGAGAAGUAACUAAGAAGAACCCUAUAAAAGCUGAGCAGCCAGAAAACUGUUGUGGGGAUUGACAAAUGCCCUGCGUCUUCUAAGAAACUCUACUUGGAGUGAAAACACGAGGAGCUUCCAAAAGGGUGCCUUCAGUAUGGGUGAAAGUGGACAAUUCUAUGGAGAAAUUAACUCCUUAAUGAUAAGGCUGGUUAUAGAUCAAGCAUUACUCUUUUUUUUUUGUUAUAAGUAUUUUUUUCUCCACCAAAAUGUAGGUUUGAGUCUUUCGCAUAGCCAAACCGCUUACUUAUGUAGUGAAUUUAUAUAUAUAUAUAUAUAUAUAUAUAUAUUACACCUUUGUGUGUAUAUUUGUACACAUAGGCAUCCAUAAUUAAUAUAUGGUAUCGUUCUCUUUUGCUCGAUUUGUUACAGAAAAUGGGUGGGUAUUUUUUAUUCUUCAAGAGUCAUGGCUUAAAAGCACACACAACUUUCCUUGACCAUAUUUAUUUUGUACAUCAUGUGUUUUACGAUCACCACCAUUUGUGGAUUUUAUUUGCACAGGGUUUGGCCACUGUUCGGACAGUAGUAGUUUUACCCCUUGCACUUGGCUCAUUUUAUUUUGCGAUUUCCUAUAGUUUAAUGUUCUAUGCACCUUGCAAGGUGCUACGUGAUGUUGAAUCCAAAUGACUGUUAUCGCUCUAUUUUGGUGGCUUUCCAAAACAACGUCAAACACAUCAUACAGUUAAUUUUUUUAUAUGACCUAUAUACUACUGUAGUGAUUAUAACGGUUUGGAUUUUGGUUUUGUCAAUGCACUGUAAUUUUUAAUUUUCAAAACCAAUGGAGUGUCUUCCUUCCUUCCUUCCUUCUUUCUUUUCUACCUUUCCUUUCUGCUUUCUCUGCUCAGUGUACUGUUUCCGCAAUAAUGUUCAUUUGCUCUGUAUAAUUCUUAAAUGGUGUGAAGAGUUUCUUAAAUUUAAAGUAUUCUUCAUAGGGAGGGUGCUCACACUUCCCCUUUUGAGUUUAUAUACUAAACUACAAACUACAGAGAAUUGAAAAGGGGAUUGCUGAAUUUUGGACCAAAAUAAACAAGGUGGAGAAAUUUUCCAAUUUAGUUACAUUGGUCUGCAAUUUUCAAUUCUCUGUUUAGUUAUAAAACCAAAAAGUCUUUUCUUUCACGGUGGUAUUAUUAUUCUUGGGAGAAAUAACCACUGAUGAUAAUUUUCAUCUAAUAGUGGUUUUCCAUCAGCACCUAAUUGGCCGAUAGUGUUGACUUUCAUUAAAACCAACUUUACAUAUUCUUUUCAGGUUUUUUUGUUCAUUUAUUUCCAGAUAUUUAAAUGUAAAUGACCAAGUACAUUUUAGUUGUGAAUACUUUUGUGUUGCUUCACAGCUUAUUCAUGUUAAGUUCCAUAUUUGUAUAUUUUGAUGGUAAUGGUACAAAAAAAACUAAAAAAAUUUUGAUAAACUGCUCCUGCUGGAUCUCUGAUAUAUUUUGUUAUAAAAAAGUACCACAUACACAGGUUCAUCCCUUAAAGUGGAAGUGUCACUUCCCAGGAUUUUUAAUGUUAUGUUUAACUAUCACAUAUGUUUAACAAAUUUGUGUUUUGUCAGGGCUAAAAAGUUAAAUUAAAUGUAGAAAUCCACACUACUGUAUUUAGAUCUGUCCUAGAAUUGAGCCCUUCCAUCUUGGCUCUGUGCUAAUUGUUGUUAUCCUCUGCCCUUUUCUGAAACUAGACAUAUUAUGGAGAACCAAAACAAUGUGUCCACUAUGUAAUUUACAGAGAAGGUAUGCAUCUGCCAUAUAGUAGAAAGCUCAAAUGUUUUUUUGUGGAGUAAGAUAAUAAAUACACUCAGUUGAAUUACAUUAAAUGCUGUCUUUUAGUUAUUUAGGAUACAGAUGGCACGGUAUUAAGGAAUUUAAAGAUUUAAAAAAAAGUGUGGUUUGUUCAAAAAGUCAUCCAGUGAUCCUAUUACGUUGUUAGAAGAAGAAAAUAUACUAUUACCAAAUAGAAAACAAAACUGACUUUGGGAAUCUCCACUAUUCAUACUUGUGAAAUAAGUAGAUCCACUGAAAUGUUAUAUUGGUUAAAUAAUAAAUCAUACUGUAGGAAUGUUAUAAGCAUCUAGCUCCUGCUCGAUGCUCCUCCUACAUCCAAUCUUAAGUAACAUUCUCAGAAAUCAUGGUGACAGGGAAAUGGGAGGAGAUAGGCAGUCUUAACUGGUAUUCCAAAUUAGAUCUGGUCAUGUGCUCUAGGAAACAAUCAAACUUUAUUGUUGUCCAAGGCCAUAUUGCCUCCCUGAUACCAAAAAAAAGGACAUUAUUGUGCCUUUAGAAUCCCUUCUUAAGCACGCAAGCACAAGUAACUAUUUCAUUGACAUACAGCUGACUGUCAAUCUCUACCCCCUCAUUACAAUUUAUGUCUGUUUCCCACCCAACAGUCUGCUCUAAUGAACACAAUCAUAAUGAUUGAGCUGGAGUAAAAGGUGCUCACAUGAAAAUUGAUUUAUACAGCCAUAAUAAAUAGAACUGAAGAGUAAGUGCACUAAAAAAAGAGCUUAACUGCUUGAUUAAAAAAUAAAAAAAAUAAAUUUUUAAGCCAGAGGAGGGUGCCGACCUCAACUUUAAGGGAGUAUGUUUCUGGAAAAUAUAUAUUGCAGGGCUGCAGUAAGGUGCAAGGUGAUUUUUACGUAAGCAUCCCACCUUAAAAAAUAAAUAAAUGUGGACAUCACAAACCAAAGAGCAUUUUUUGUUUAAUUUCUUAAAUGUUUUUGAAAGGUUCAUGCAUCCACUUUAUCUUUCACUCUUGACUCUGCAUCAUAACAUUUUUAAUUUUACCCUCCGUAAUACAAAAGUAAUGUAUUUAUACUACACACAUGUCAUAUCACUUUAAUUAAGAAUUGGAAGCCAAUACAAUACAAUACAGCUAUUGUAUUGGCUAGUAAACUAAGCGUGGCUUUUAUUUAUUUCAAAGUGAGCUGCUAUCUAUACUAAAUGACGUGCACAGCUGGAUUUGUUAAUGAAAGUCAAUGCUGUUAAAGGGAAAUCCUUUGUGGCAAUUGUAGAAUUCAUUUGGGGGAUUGAGGGAAUUUAU